UCAUAUAAAACCAGUCGCUUGGUUUCUCUGUUGCGAACGACAAAAUAACUCUUUAUACCUCAUUAGAUUAAAACAGCUUUCCGGGAGCGCUUCCGAGGGGUAAUACGGCCUUCAGGGUGAUACGGGCGUAACUCUAGGCGUCUUUCCGUGCGACUAGUUGCUCGGGAGACGAGAAGGGACCCGUUUUUCAGGAGCGCCCAUCCUGGACGGUCUCACAUUGGGGAGGCAACGCGACGCGCCAGCCAGGGCCUCUCCUCACACACACACACCGACUCCUUCUAGAUCUACAGUAGUGAAAUUCAUGGUGCCUUUCUCUGCCUGCCCGCAUAAAGAAACAUCACAACGACUCUCUUGACCGCAGCAUGGCCGUCUCAAGGCUUGACCGUCUGUUCAUUCUACUGGACACGGGCACGACCCCAGUGACGAGGAAGGCUGCUGCCCAACAGCUGGGAGAUGUUGUCAAACUUCACCCCCAUGAGCUCAACAACCUCUUAUCAAAAGUUUUAACUUACUUGAGAAGUCCAAACUGGGACACGCGCAUUGCAGCUGGUCAAGCAGUGGAAGCCAUUGUUAAGAAUAUUCCUGAGUGGAAUCCGGCCCCCAGGCCUAAAGAAGAGGCAUGUUCCGAUUUCUCUCUGGAGGAUACUUCUUCAGACCGUCUGAGUUUCUACAGGUUUGACAUUUCCCGUCUGCUGAAGCAUGGGGCAUCUCUGCUUGGAUCUGCUGGAGCUGAGUUUGAGGUCCAGGAUGACAAGUCAGCUGAGGUGGACCCUAAGGAGCGGCUGGCUCGUCAGCGGAAGCUUCUGCAGAAGAAACUAGGGCUGGAUAUGGGUGCAGCAAUUGGCAUGGACACAGAGGAACUGUUCAAUGAUGAUGACUUGGACUAUACUCCCUGCAGCCACUCAGGGGGACCUAAACCCCCAGGUGGGAAGGCUUUGGCCUGUCCCAGCUCACGCAACCACACGACUAUGCAGGCAGCUGAACUGAUAGACUCGGAGUUCCGGCCAGGCAUGAGUAAUCGACAGAAGAACAAGGCCAAGAGGAUGGCCAAGCUAGUGGCUAAACAGAGAUCCAGGGACAUGGACACCAAUGAAAAAAGCAAUGAUAGCUUUGAAGGAGAGCCGGAGGAAAAGCGCCGGAAAACAACCAAUGUUGUUAUUGAGCAGCCAGCGACAGACCACAAAGUCUUAAUUGACAAUGUUCCAGAUAACUCUAGCCUGUUUGAUGAGACUCAAGAAUGGCCACUGGAGAGUUUUUGUGAUGAGCUCUGUAAUGACCUCUUCAAUCCCUCUUGGGAGGUUCGACACGGUGCUGGGACAGGCCUCAGGGAGAUCCUCAAAUGCCAUGGAGCAGCUGGCGGAAAGUUGGCAGGGAGCACUGCUGAGGAGAUGACUCGACAGCAUCAGGAGUGGCUUGAAGACCUUGUCAUACGGCUACUUUGUGUCUUUGCCCUUGACAGGUUUGGGGACUUUGUGUCUGAUGAGGUGGUAGCACCAGUCAGGGAGACCUGUGCCCAGACUCUGGGUGUGGCUCUUCGCCAUAUGGUGGAUAGUGGCGUGACGAUGACAGUGGACAUUCUUCUCAAGCUGCUGACAGAGGACCAAUGGGAGGUCCGACACGGAGGACUUUUGGGCAUUAAGUAUGCUCUGGCUGUCAGACAGGAUCUGAUUGGUGUUCUGCUUCCCCGAGUGCUGCCGGCCAUCACAGAGGGCCUGCAGGAUCUGGACGAUGAUGUCCGAGCUGUAGCAGCUGCCGCCCUUAUCCCUGUUGUAGAUGGUCUGGUGCAGCUGCAGCCUGCAGAGGUUCCCUUCAUUGUGAACACUCUAUGGGAUGCUCUUUUGGAGCUGGAUGACCUCACUGCCUCCACCAACAGCAUCAUGACGCUUCUGUCGUCGCUGCUUACCUACCCUCAGGUCCGGCAGUGCAGCAUCCAGCAGUCGCUCACUGUGCUAGUCCCACGUGUCUGGCCUUUCCUUCGGCACACAAUAUCCUCUGUCCGAAAGGCGGCACUUGAGACACUCUUCACCCUCUUAUCAAAAGCUGACCAGAGCUCUGCAGAAUGGCUUACUCCCAUCCUUCAGGACAUGUUGAGACACAUCUUCCAAUCCUGUAUCCUGGAAAGCAACCAAGAGAUUCUGGACCUUAUCCAGAAGGUUUGGAUGGAACUCAUUCGCCAGGCCUCACAGCAGUAUGUGGUGGCAGCUAGCUGUCCAUGGAUGGGAGCUUGGCUGUGUCUGAUGAUGCAGCCUGCUCACAUCCCCAUAGAUCUGAACAUGCUGUUAGAGGUGAAGGCCCGCUUCAAGGAAAAGACGGGCGGAAAAGGACGCCAAGGUCCAAACCAGACAAAGGAAACUGUGCAGGAGUACGUGGCUGGAGCAGAGACUAUUACAGAGGAUCCUGCCACACGAGACUACGUGGUGAUGCGAGCGCGCUUCAUGGCUGCAAAGCUACUGGGGGCACUGUGCAGCUGUAUCUGUGAUCCGCGGCUCAAUGCUUCCACACAGGAGAUCCGACCUGCUGAAUCUCUAGCUCAGUUGUUGCUCUUCCACCUUAACUCCAAGUCUGCCCUGCAGCGCAUUGCUGUGGCACUGGUCCUUUGCGAGUGGGCAGCUCUGCAGAAGGAGUGUAAAGCGGUGUCCAGCACAGUGCAGCCUCGGCUGUUGGCAAUUUUAUCAGAGCACCUCUACUAUGACGAGAUUGCCAUUCCCUUCACUCGCAUGCAGAAUGAGUGCAAGCAGCUUAUUGCUCUGCUGGCUGACGCCCACAUUGACAUCAGCGACCGGGUCAACUGCACUGUGUUCACCAUUGAACAGGCCAAUGAUCUGGUGACUACAGUCUUUACGGAGUCCACAACAGGCCUGAACCUCAAGUCCAAGUAUUGGCAGCCACUGGACAGCAAGCGGCAGCAGCUGCUGUCCACCGUGGCAGAGACCAACCAAGAGUGGCAGCUGCUGCACCUUCGUGUGCACAUGUUCACCUCCUGUGCAGUCGUGAACCUGCAGCUUUUGCCCGACAAGCUGAACCCUGUGGUACGACCACUAAUGGAGGCAGUGAGAAGGGAAGAGAACACACUGGUGCAGGGCUAUGCUGCUGCCUUUAUUGCCAAGUUGCUCCAGCAGUGCACUGCCCGUGUUCCCUGCCCCAAUGCCAAGAUUGUCAAGAACCUGUGCAGCUCUGUGUGCGUGGACCCCUUGCUUACCCCUUCUGCCGCCUGCCCUGUGUCCCCCGUUCAAGAAACAGCAAAGGCUGGUGUCUCCGACAAAGAUGGAAUGAACCAUGUUGUCAACAAGACAAAAGGCAUAAUAACCCUUUACCGCCACCAGAAGGCAGCUUUUGCCAUUACCAGCAAGAGAGGCCCCACUCCAAAGGCCCAGAGGACCCCUGCUAUGGAUCUGCCUCCUGGCAGCACGGUGGCUGCAGAUUCUGAUGAGAGUAAGAAACCCUGUCUUGUACAGAGAAGGGGAGCAGAGUUCUCCUUGACAACAAUUGCCCGACACUUUGGUCCUGAGCUAACAUCUGCACUGCCCUGCCUCUGGGAUGCCAUGGUGGGGCACCUGAGAACGACUGUUGAUGGCCACAGUCCAUCUCUGGACUGCAGGCUCCAGCUGGAAAAGGGGGAUGCUGCUGCCCAGGAGCUCAUCAACUCUCUACAAGUGUUGGAGGUGACAGCUGGGGCCAUGUCUUCUGAGCUUGUCCCCCUGCUACUGGAGCACCUACCACACCUUUGUACCUGUUUGCAGCAUCCCUACACAGCUGUGCGACACAUGGCCGCUCGUUGCCUUGGCGUGCUCAGCAAGAUCUCCACCUUGGAAACAAUGAAUGUCUUCCUGGAACGUGUGCUGCCUUGGAUGGGGGCUAUAGAUGACACCACUAAGCAAGAGGGUGCUAUUGAGGCCAUGGCCUGUGUUAUGGAACAGCUGGAUGUGGACAUUGUGCCCUACAUUGUGCUGUUGGUGGUACCUGUGCUAGGGCGUAUGAGCGACCCAAGCGACAGUGUGCGUUUCAUGGCCACACAGUGCUUUGCCACUCUUAUCCGCCUACUGCCGCUAGAGGCUGGAAUCCCGGACCCACCCAACAUGUCAGAAGAGCUGAUUAGGCAGAAGGCCAGGGAGCGCCACUUCCUGGAGCAACUACUGGAUGGGCGCAAACUGGAAAGCUACAAGAUCCCAGUGCCCAUCAAGGCAGAGCUGAGGAAGUACCAACAGGAUGGUGUGAAUUGGCUGUCAUUCCUAAACAAGUACAAGCUGCAUGGCAUUCUUUGUGAUGAUAUGGGCCUGGGGAAGACACUACAGUCCAUCUGUAUCCUGGCAGGGGACCACUACUUCAGAGCACAGGAGUAUGCUAAGACCAAGGCUGCAGAUUGCUGCCCCCUACCCUCCCUGGUAGUCUGCCCACCUACGCUGACUGGCCAUUGGGUAGAUGAGGUGGGAAAGUUCUGCACCAGAGAGUACUUGAACCCCCUGCACUAUACUGGGCCACCCACAGAGCGGGCACGGUUACAGCAUCAAGUGAAAAAGCACAACCUUGUUGUAGCUUCGUACGAUGUUGUGAGGAAUGACAUUGACUUUUUUAGGAAUAUUAAAUUCAAUUACUGCAUCUUGGAUGAAGGUCACGUCAUCAAGAACGGGAAAACGAAGCUUUCAAAGGCCAUCAAGCAGUUGUCAGCCAACUUCCGGGUGAUCCUCUCUGGAACACCCAUACAGAACAACGUACUGGAACUGUGGUCGCUCUUCGACUUCCUCAUGCCUGGUUUUUUGGGGACAGAGCGUCAGUUUGCUGCCCGUUAUGGAAAGCCCAUCCUCGCUAGCCGCGAUGCUCGGAGCUCAUCCCGUGAGCAGGAGGCAGGUGUGCUAGCCAUGGAAGCGCUACAUCGUCAAGUGCUUCCCUUCCUCCUGAGGAGGAUGAAGGAGGACGUUCUCCAGGACUUGCCACCCAAGAUCAUCCAGGACUACUAUUGCAGCCUCAGCCCCCUUCAGGUCCAACUAUAUGAAGACUUUGCAAAGUCACGGGCAAAGGUGAAUGUGGAGGACACAAUUUCCAGCAACAUGGCACCAGAGGAAGAAGACACUCCUAAACUGAAGGCCACUGGUCAUGUGUUCCAGGCCCUGCAGUAUCUUAGGAAGCUCUGCAACCAUCCUGCCCUUGUUUUGACUCCCAUGCAUCCUGAGUACAAGCGCAUCACCGAGCACCUCGCUGCCCAGAACUCGAGCCUACGGGACAUUGUGCAUGCACCCAAACUGUCUGCUCUCAAACAGCUGCUUCUGGAUUGCGGCUUGGGUGGCACUGGCUCCUCGGAUGUUGGUACGGAGGCUGUGGUUGCCCAGCACCGUGUGCUCAUCUUCUGCCAACUGAAAAGCAUGCUGGACAUUGUGGAACAUGACCUCCUUAAGCCCCAGUUGCCCUCCGUUACCUACCUGCGCCUAGAUGGCAGUGUACAGGCCGGCCAGCGUCACUCCAUUGUCUCCAGGUUCAAUAAUGAUCCAUCCAUCGAUGUGCUGCUACUCACCACACAUGUGGGUGGCCUGGGUCUCAACCUGACAGGUGCUGAUACAGUGGUGUUUGUAGAACAUGACUGGAACCCCAUGAGAGACCUACAGGCCAUGGACCGUGCCCAUAGAAUAGGACAGAAACGGGUGGUGAAUGUGUACCGGCUGAUCACUCGGGGCACGUUAGAGGAGAAGAUCAUGGGGCUGCAGAAGUUUAAGAUGAGCAUAGCCAACACCGUCAUCAGCCAGGAGAACGCCAGCCUUCAGAGCAUGGGCACAGAGCAGCUGCUCAACCUCUUCACGCUGGACAAGGAUGAGAAGUUGGAAAAGGGUGAGUCACCUGCUACCGCAUCAGGAAAAGCAUCCAUGAAAUCAGUGCUGGAUGGCUUGGGAGACCUCUGGGACCAGCAGCAGUAUGACACAGAGUAUGACCUCGAGAGCUUCAUGAACUCUCUCCACUGAGCCGCUAUGCCAGUAUCAUGUGUUCUCUAGCAACCUGCUGCUUCCUCUAGGACAUGGUCUCCUCCCUGAACUCCUCAGUAAAGGGCAAAGUCCAGCUACGGUGGUGCUGACGGCUCUAUCUACCCUUUCCCCGCCCACAUGUCCAACGGGCCGAAACUGAAGGACGGGGCAGUCGGAAACCUAGUGGUGCCGUGCUGCGACAAGAGCCCUGGACAUUCCUGUAAAACAUCACCUUCAUUUUUAAAUUCAGUCUUAAAGCAAUCAUCCAGAUCUUCCUCAAGCUGCAGUGCUCAAGGACACAAAGGUUUGAAUGAAAUGAGUGGCCGUUUUUAACAAGGGCCUUAGUAAAUCUUCUCUUUGCAGCCUCUGAGGAGUAAGGUGUGUGUGUGUGUGUGUGAGAGAGAGAGAGAGAGAGAGAGAGAGAAAGAGCGCAAGUACCAGUUACUUCCCUCUGCUGUACCAGAGGAGGGCUGUGACUAAAUUCCCCCCCAGAGUCCAGUGCCCAGUGGUUGCUGUUCUACAACUGCUUCCCACAAACAGCUCUACAUGGUUUUAAAAGCCCUCAUACCAGAGGGUGUAGGCAGCAUCCACUCCACUCCACCCCACCCGUCAGCAGCUUCUGUACUGAUACAGCUCCUCUGCAGGUACUCAGCCACAACCAUGCUGGGUUGGAGGCUGUGAAGAUGAGGGUGUUUUAAAUGGUGAGGAACUGUAAAUAUUACUGUACUUGCCAGUUUUGUUUAGGCUGAUAAAGAAUUUAAUAGAAUUCUAAGCGCUUUCUGUGUGUGCCCACUCCCCAAGCUCCUAUUAAAGUAAUUAAGGUACACAGACCAUCUUUACAUGUGUGGCAUCUCAUCUGCACAGCUGAGCCAUCAGAACCUGUUGCUGCUUGAGGGGAGUAUAAGGAAUUCCUUUCUGGUUGAGAGUGUUUGUCUACUGUAAACAUUUUUACAAACUAAUCUGGCUCCUGUACUCUUGCCAUAAACUGACUGGAUGUUUAACAGUGAAAGGUAAAAUACAUUGAUCUGUUAGUUAUGGAAAUUGGAACGAUGUGUACUGUGACUGUACUUGCACCCCUUGCAGAGCUUUGGGCUUUGUGCUAAAUAAUGCUAUAAAGGCCCCAAUGAUUUAUUCCCGGAACUGUUCAAAGGGCCCCUUCACCUCCAACAAGCUGCACUAGUUCUGCACAAAACAUAACAUUCCUGCUUUUUCUCCAGCCCCUAGAGUAAGUGAGGACAGUGUUAAUGAAAAGGCUGAGUAGUGUUGGUUUAGUGAUGGGGAACAAAAAAGGUUGUUGAGGGUAGAGAGCUGAGAUUCAAUGUUACAAGGUGAUGCUCAAUGCAUUUUGUAGCAGUACAUUCAGACUCAUGUAUCUGACUUUCCUUACACCAGACCAACCCUAGGUGACAAUGAAGACAGUAACUUAGUGACGGCUGUAUGCCCCCACCCCACUACAUUUACUAAAGGUAGGGGUCCAGGAGGUAGCGUUACCCAGCUUCAGGGUACUCACUGUGAACUCCUGCAGUAGAAAUGAUCCAGCUGUAACAAGUAGCUUAACAACCAAAGUUGCUGUGCUGGGAAGUAGCAGACCAUUGAAUAAAUAACUUGGGUCUGGCAGGAUUUCUAGAGGUGCAUGAAGUGGAGGAGGGUAGCAGGAACGGUCAUGCAAAAGACGACAAGUUUCACAGCAUCAUACAACUAUGUUUAAUAAGUUGCUUAUUAGUACAGAAAAGGGAAAAAAAUUUAAGUUGGAACUACAAACUUGAAGCAGUUUUAAGCAAUAGCAGCAUUGAGCUCCAUGUUUUUAAUCACAGUAGUACUGUAUAGCUUCAAACAAGCAACGGUCCCAAUCAACAAUCUCAGAGCCUCACCAAGGUAGAACCAGCAAUCAAACCCAAAAUAAAGUUUAAAAAAUGUUAUUUUUAAAAAAUACAUUUAAAAGUAGUGGUUAGUCUAUAAAAACUAGUGAGAAGCACGUAAUCGGAUGCCAGAGCUUGUGACAUGAUGGGUAGGCCUGCUGUUGGAACCAGAGACUAUAUCCAUGAUGCACAGGUGCAAGUCAGUACUACUACCCAGAAUUCUAGUGUGACAUGAAUAUUUAUAGAGAGAGGACUAAUGGAAUAGCCACCAUCACCAAAUACCUUCGUUUUGCAAGAUGUUUACCAGGGUACAAAACUUGAUUUGCAAAAGAAUUCAAAAAUACUUAAGUGGUACGAGUCUAACACGGGCCUGAUGGGGGGAAACCACCAGGUUUGUGGUAAGAAAUUAAAAGACCACCUGUACAAAGUAGUACAAAAGGUGAGCUACAAAACAUUCUCUGUACGGGGAGGGUUUUUUUUUUCUCUCUCUCCUUUUCCCCCUCUUUUCUCCCCCCCUCUUACCUCUUUUUCGUGAUGUGCAUCUGGGGAUAUCACAACACUUCACAAAAUGUUCCCAUUAGAAUGGAGGGCUGGGACUGGGACUGGGGCAACGGAAGGCCACGGGCAGCUGAGGACACACCCUGCCAGCUGCUGUGCCGUGAGGGAGUGGUUCUGUCAAUGACUUCGGGACAAGCUGCGGGGAGGGUUGGGGAUUCUGGGGAUGAAGGGUUCUUGCAUUGUGAAAGAUGAACAAGACACACACCGACAAACACCCCAUUUACCUGGAUCAUCUCAACAAAUACAUUCAUGCUCCACUACAGUCGCACAAACGGCACGGAGGACAUCCGGACCACUCGCCCGGACCCAGUGUGGCCGAACGUUUCCCCGAGUUAUUGUGACAUCCCCAUGAGCUCAUGCCCUGUACUGCACCAGGUGGGGCCAUCGUGACAUCUUGCUCCCGCAAUAUCACAACAUACUGAGCGUUUGCUCCUUCUGCCAUUUCCUUUUAUUGCCCGUUCAUUUGUUACAUUGCCAAUCAUUUCAACAACCAGCCACCCUUUUUUUUUUUUGUCAUUUUUAGAUCAUAGCCACACUAAUGUUAACCACAUCAGCGAGUUAAUACAUAAAGCUUUGCAUUUCAAAAAUCUAGACACUUUAGUAAUAUUACAAAGGUUUCUCAGCUUCAAAAAAUAAAAUGAACAAAAUGAAAAUAAACCUUUAAGGAAUUAGCAUCAUAAAAUUAAUUUAUUCCAAGUAGAAAUACAAAAUAAUAUUAAUGACAUUGACCAGAUAUGAAAGUCUCCCCCAGAAAUAACUAU